AUUUUGCAGAGUUUGUUUUCCUGGGGCUGUUCCUUACUGAGAUGUCUUUGAAGAUGUAUGGACUGGGGCCAAGGAACUACUUCCACUCUUCAUUCAACUGCUUUGACUUUGGGGUCAUCGUGGGAAGUAUAUUUGAAGUCAUUUGGGCUGCAGUGAAACCAGGAACCUCAUUUGGCAUCAGUGUAUUGAGGGCACUUCGACUGCUGAGGAUUUUCAAAGUAACAAAGUACUGGAAUUCCCUGAGGAAUCUGGUGGUCUCCUUGCUGAACUCCAUGAAGUCCAUCAUCAGUUUGCUUUUCCUGCUGUUCCUGUUCAUCGUGGUGUUUGCUCUACUGGGGAUGCAGCUCUUUGGAGGACAGUUCAAUUUCCAAGACGAAACUCCGACCACGAAUUUCGACACCUUCCCCGCCGCCAUCCUCACCGUGUUCCAG